AUGGAACAGUCAAGUGAUAAUCUUAAGGAUGUGUAUAAAGAAAUUAAUACGGUCGAUGGCGAGUUUGCUGUGACAAUGGAAGGUGGAUCAUCAUGUGAAUUUGCUGAAACAUCAAUCCACAAUUAUUGUCAUUACGGGAGUAACUCAGAAAAAGGUAAAUGUCAUAAUUAUUUUGAAAUGGCUAGUUCUGGUGUUAUUCGUUUGCUAAUAAAUUUAAAGGAGAAGUGUAAUUUAGAAUAUGAUAAACUUGCCGAAUACGCUAUUUUAUUUUUAAGUUAUAAACUAAAUCAAAAUGAAAAAAAUAAAUUGACCGAUUUAAACGAAUUUUAUACUAGUUAUAUAGAAACAAAUGAGUAUUAUAAUAAUAAUAUAAAAGUUAAUGAUCUAACUUAUAAGGAAAUUAUAAAUAGAAAAAAAGAUUUGAUGAAUAUUAAAGAAAUAUCUAAAUUCAAUGAUCCAUUUGGUAUAUUAUUAUUAUUGUAUUAUGUAAUUAAUUCAAGCAAUUGGAAUUGCGAAAAAUGGUCGCAAAAAGCUAAUGAAUUUGUUAAAAAUUUUGAAACACUCAAUAAUGAUUCUAAUAAUAUAAAAGACAAUCCAUUUAGUCAAAUAUUGUCUACAUUAUCAGAUGAUUAUAACAAUUUAAAAAAUAUAUAUCGGGAUAAAAAAUCUUGCAAUUUUCAACCUCUUCCAGAAUUAACCUCCCAAACAAGUCCUGUAGAUAGUUCUGUAAAGGUUUCUGGACAAACAUUGGGGAAGAUUCCUGAAGGUACAUCAUCAAGUUUGUCGAUAUUAAACACAGUAAUUCCAGGUUUAUCGACAUUUGCAAUACCGGUUUUCUUGGGAGUUGCUUAUAAGUAUUCAUUAUUUGGAAUUGAUAAACUAUUUCAAAGACAAUAUAUAAAAAAAAAAUUAAAAAAAGUAAAGAAGGAAAUGGAAAUUAAUAUAUGA